AUGGCCCGCCAGUCACGCCCCUUCACCGCCUCCACAGAGUCCAAACCCAAAAAGGCAAAGGCCGUCCCCAAGAGGAAGCUCAACACCGCCAACGCAUACACCUAUAUCCCGGAUCUUCCAAAGCGACACCGAACGUCAGCAUUCCAAAACUCGCUCUCGCACGAAGAGCUCGAAGAGUCUAGAGCGCAGAACAAAGGCAGGCACAAUGACGAGGACAAUGAAGAGUCUAUGCAGUCGCGCGUCAAGAAGAUCGCCAUGAUGAUUGCCGGCGAAGAAGCGCAAGAGGUCGACAGCGAAGAAAGCGAUAUCGACAGUGAUGCUGCGUGGGAGAGUGACGGGAGUGACGAGGAGAGAUGGGGAGAUGUCGUUCGUGCGGUGCAAAAGGGAAAGGGCAAGAAGAAGGCGAAAGAUGUGGUGCUGAAGCCGGCCAAGCCCAUGACUGUAAACCUCGACGAAAGCGACGAUGAGGCGCCCAAGGCCAAAUCGAAGAAGGCUGCUACCCCUGAAGCUUCCGAUGAUGAAGAGGAAGAGGACGCCGAGAUGUCGGAAGGAGAGGAAGAGUCUGACGAGGACGAAGAGGACGACGACUCUGACAUAUCUAUCUCGGACGGAGAUGACGACCCCGACACCCUCGCCGACCUCGACAGCUUUGUGGACCAGCUCGCUGCUGCAGACAAGAAGCGCAAGGCCCCCGAGUCUGAAGCGGCGUCAGAGCAAAAGAAGCGCAGAGUGCUUCCGGUCAAGUCUACUCAAGAUAUCAAGGAAGAUGCCACUCUGAAGAGCAGCCAAAAGCUCGACCUCUCAUCCCUCAUCACCUCACACCCAUCUCUUGCUGGUGCUUCCGCUCUCAUGAAGCCGGCUAAGAAUGCUGGAACAUCCAUCCUUAAAUCUGGCGUCCUGCAGGCCCCUCUGCCCACUACUCAGCAAGAACGUCUCGACCGAGAAGCCGCCUAUGCUCAGACAAAGAUAGAAGGUCAGAAAUGGUCGACCUUGAUGAAGCGAGUCAAAGAAGCCGAGCACUUGUCUUUUCCCCUCCAGGCCAAGGAGCGAGGUGGCGUCAAGUCGGCAAAUGAGGUGCUUGCGGGGUGGAAGCCCCAGAAUGAGAUGGAGUCUGCUGUGGAUGCGCUCUUGAAAAAGGCCAACCUCACCGAGGACACGCUCAAAAAGCAAGAGGAUCUGCAGAUGGAAGCGAAGGAUAUGACGGAGGAGGAGAUCAAGGAACGCCGUUCACAGUUGAGAUAUCAGCGAGAGCUGCUGUUCCGUGCCGAGGCAAAGGCGAAGCGAGUGGCCAAGAUCAAGUCUAAAACUUUCCGAAAGCUCGCGAGAAAGAAGGCUGCCAAGGAAGCUGGGGAUAACGAAGUCUCUCUUGAAGAUUUGGAGAGGCUCGAUCCCGAGGCUGCUCUUGAGCAGAGGGAGAAACUCGAGAGGGAGCGUGCUUUGGAGCGAGCGACACUCCGACACGGCGCCAAGAAUCGAUGGGCGAAAGACGUCGGUGGAGAUGCAGGCGAGGUCGAAGAUAGACGCCGAGCCAAGGAGGAUAUGCUCGACAUGAAGGAAAAGUUGAUGCGCAAGAUCCAAGGCAAGGACGAGGGUUCGUCCUCGGACGAGGAUAGUGAGGAUGAGGACGAAGACGAAGAGGCUAUCAAGGCCAAGGCUUUCGAUCAGCUUGCUCAGCUCUCGUCCGACCCCGGUGCUGAUGCCACCAACAAGGGUCUCAUGUCGAUGAAGUUUAUGCAAAAGGCGCAGGAGAGGCGUAUGAAGGCGGUCGCGGAAGAGGAGAGGGAUGCGCAGAGACAGAUCGAGCUGUUUGGUGGGGAAAAGGAGAGCGCGGAUGGGAGUGAGAGCGAGGAUGAGGAGCCGGCGAUGGUCAACGUGGAUGGCAACGAAGGCAGGAUGAGGUUUACUGGGCCAGUGCCUGUGGUCAACGAACAACCCUCUGCUCCCCAGCCAGCCCCCGUGGCCCCUCAACCAGUCGCCACUCGUCUUCGUUCCCCAUCACCAGAAGCUGCCAACCCCUGGCUUGCUUCUUCUGCCUCCUCGGGUCCUUCGCGCAAGCGCAAUGUCCAGGUCGGCGCUCAGCUGAGCGGAGAAGCCAAGACAGUAAAGGCUCUGAAGAAGGCUGGCAAGCGAAGAGAAGAUGAAGAGGAUGAUGAGAGAGUCGACAUUGACGUAGAGGCGCCAUUGGCCAAGCCUGAGCCAAAGAAGAAGGGCAAGGGCAAGGCGCCUGCUGCGGCUGUCGAGGAGGAGGAAGAAGACAGGGAGAUUGCAGACCUUCUUCCCAGUGGUGUCAAGGCUUUCCAACAGAGGGAUCUUGUGGCGGAAGCGUUCGCUGGGGACAAUGUGGUGGAAGAUUUCGCUGCGGAGAAGGCCAGGCAGGUGGAGGCUGAUGCGCCCACGGUGGAGGACACUUCGCUGGCUGGAUGGGGCGCAUGGGGAGGCAAGGGCGCCAAGAAGCGCAAGACCAACCCCAAGUUCUUGGUCAAGACUGCCGGUAUCGAGCCUACAGCCCGAAAGGACUUUAACAACUCCAACGUCAUCAUCACCGAGAAGAAGGACAAGAAGGCUUCGCAGUUCCAGCUCAAGGAUCUUCCUUACCCUUACACGAGCAAGGAGCAGUACGAGAAGAGCUUUGAGGUUCCUGUGGGUAGCGAGUGGAACAGCAGGAGUGGGUUCCAGAAGGGCACCUUGCCCAGGGUUGUCAAGAAGCCUGGCGCGAUCAUCGAACCUGUACGAAGACUGUUCUAA